AUGUCGCUAAUACCAUUAGUUGCAAACUUGCAACAUUCAGUUCAUGCUACACCAGAGGUGCCUUGUUUAUUUAUCUUUGGAGAUUCAUUGGCCGAUAAUGGCAAUAAUAAUUACCUUGCAACUGCAGCAAAAGCCAACUACCAGCCAUAUGGUAUUGAUUUCUCUGAUGGACCUACUGGAAGAUUUUGCAACGGUCGAACUAUGUCAGACAUCAUUGGUCAACGUUUAGGUUUUGAUCAUUUUAUUCCACCGUUUGCAACCGCUAGAGGCAGAGACAUUCUCAUGGGUGUAAAUUAUGCUUCAGGUGGUGGUGGUAUUCGCGAUGAGACCGGAAUGCAAUUGGUAAUCAUCUUUUUACUUUUGUACACACUAUUGUGCGUGAGGGAAUCUAACCUCACUAUUCAAAAAAGAAAGUUGUGCCUGGUUAAAAAAACAACUCUUUUAUGUGCACCGGACAAUACUUUGGUGAGAAUCCACCUCUAUGUAUGAGGGUUUUGUCAGA